AGUACUUCCUAACAGCCAAUAAUUGACGUUAUUAAUGAGCUAAUAGUCAAUAGAAAAUAUUUGAUAGUAGCUAGCUAGGCUACCCGAAGAGGAUCACACACAUACCUGGUAAUGUUGCGGAUUGUAGUUAGUAUUUCGAUGAUUCUGGCGAGUAACUUAGCUAGCUAACUGCCGUAGACAGAUAACACGUACAAGUAGCUAACGUUAACCAGGCAGGUUGACUCGAAAAUGCCUUAGCUUAUCUUCCCUUCGUCCACUCUGGUUAGCAGGGUAACGUUAGCUAUGAAUCUUCUUGACGUUUACACACGACUACUGUCUACCCAAACCAAGCUACAACUAUUUGACACUCAGUCUUGUCCAUGUGGUCCGGAUAUUAACUUAAAUGCCUCCACAAGACCAAAAUGAGUUCUCAAAAAGGCAACGCAUCUCGCUCGCGAGGACAGAAGCACCAAAACACGACUGCUUACAAGAACGACAAAUAUGGAGCAAGUGUUCAAGUAAAGAUAGCAAACUCAAAGGUCCACGACGGGUUGUGCCAACGCUGCAAGGAAGUUAUUGAGUGGAAAGUCAAGUACAACAAAUACAAAUCCCUCACCCAACCCCGAACAUGUGUGAAAUGUUCUCAGAAGACCGUGAAGGAUGCGUAUCACGUCAUUUGUAAACCCUGUGCCCUGAAGCUGGAGCUUUGUGCCAAGUGUGGGAAGAAAGAGGACAUCGUAAUUCCGGUUGACACAAAGAAGCAGGAAGAGGAGGAAGACACCAAUCAAAAGAAGACAGGAUGCACUCUGAGGAAGAAAGACUUAGAUGAGUUUGACAAUGAGGAUUUUGGCAACUUGAGCAGUGACUAUGAGGACUUUGCCAGUGACUCAGGGCUUGAGAAUGGAGGAGGCAAGGCCCCUAUCACUGAUAUGGCACAUGUUAAUUUCAAAGACUGAAGACAGCCAAACCAAGACCACCAUAACUGUACCUCUACUCUAUUCAUUUAAAUGUAUUAUUAUACAUAUCCUCUGAUUAUACAUACUUUUGCAUAGAAGCCUCUUCACUGUAGAUUUCACCACUCUCAUACAGUAGCCUACUUGUAUUUGGGGUUGGAACAUUAAAUAAACAAAGCCCACUUUCAAUUAACUGUUUUGUAAUAAAUCCUAUGGGAUAUCAA